AGGUAGACAGCUGACUAAAAUUUUGUUACUCCUCCAAACCCCAUCCUCUGGCAGAUGUUGAAGUAAGGGCGGCGUUUUACUCCUCCGGUCAGUGUGAGUAACGGAGAGACCGCGGUCAGGAUGAUCUGAGAGCUGCGGAGACUUAGCGGUGCUCUGUGGAAGUCAUGGCCGGUCAGUGUGAACCCUUGAGCGGAUACUUACAGCAGUCUGACCCGGGCUCGAACAGCGAGCGCAGCACUGAUUCACCGCUGCCCGUGUCUGAGGAUGACACCGCAGGACCUUCGCCACCUCUGGACCCCGAAUGGACCGAGGAGAGGUUUCGAGUAGACCGCAAAAAACUGGAGAUCAUGUUAUUAGCAGCCACUGAGGGUCGUGUCAAUGGAGGCGAAGACUUCUUUGAGAGGGUCAUGGAGGAGACAAAUACCCAAAUUGCAUGGCCUUCCAAACUAAAGAUUGGUGCUAAAUCAAAGAAAGAUCCUCACAUCAAAGUUAGCGGCAAGAGGGAAAAUGUGAAGGAGGCCAAAGAGAAGAUCAUGUCUGUCCUGGAUACCAAGAGUAACCGUGUGACCCUAAAGAUGGACGUCUCCCACACGGAGCAUUCACACGUCAUCGGCAAAGGAGGAAACAACAUCAAGAAAGUGAUGGAAGACACGGGCUGUCACAUCCACUUCCCUGAUUCCAACCGCAACAACCAGGCUGAGAAAAGCAACCAGGUUUCUAUAGCUGGACAGCCGGGAGGAGUCGAAGCCGCCAGAGCCAGAAUUCGGGAGUUACUUCCUCUGGUGUUGAUGUUUGAACUGCCGGUCAUAGUGCAGAUGAACCCUGACCCCAGCUCUCCUGCGAUCCAGCACAUCUCACAGACGUACAACAUCUCUGUGGCCUUCAAGCAGAGGUCCAGACUCUACGGAGCGAUGGGAGUCGUGCGGGGAUCACAGAAUAAUGUAGCUGCUGUCAAAAGAGGAACGGCGGUGUUACUGGAACACCUCGCAGGAAGCCUGGCCAGCGCCAUCACGGUCAGCACGCAGCUGGACAUCGCACCGCAACAUCACCUCUUCAUGAUGGGACGUAACGGCAGCAACAUCAAACACAUCAUGCAGCGCACCGGCGCUCAAGUUCACUUUCCAGACCCCAACUGUCCGCAGAAGAAAUCUACAGUCUAUGUGCAGGGAACCAUUGACUCGGUGUGCCUGGCCCGUCAGUACCUGAUGGGUUGUCUGCCACUGGUGUUGAUGUUUGAUAUCAAAGAAGACAUUGAAGUGGAACCACAAUGCAUAACAUCUUUGAUGGAGCAACUUGAUGUGUUCAUCAGCAUCAAACCAAAACCCAAACAGCCUAGCAAGUCUGUGAUAGUGAAGAGUGUGGAGAGGAACGCUCUGAACAUGUAUGAAGGCAGACGUUGUUUGCUGGGUUUAGACAGCAGUGGAGUAACGGUGACCGGCGGCUGCAGUAAUCCUCAUCUAUCUGCUCCAACUCUCAGCUGUCCUGUGGGACUCGACAUACUGACAUCCGCUGGCCUCGGACUCACCAGCCUUGGUCUUCUGGGGCCUACAACAGCCUCCAUGAGCGGACCGUCCAGCAACUCUCUUCUCAAUGCCCUCAACACCUCCAUCAGUCCGUUACAGACACCCACUACUGGAACACCCAGCCCAAGUUUCUGGUCCAAUUCACUGGCCAGUCCAACCAGUACUCCAGGUUUCUCUUCACCCCUGAUGAUUCUCCCAGCUGCACAGGCCACAUUAACCAGCAUGCUGCUGUCCGGAGUGACAGGCUACACCCAGAACACCCCGUCCCCACCGCCCGGUCUCGCCCCUAUAGACACACAAGUCACAGGAGUAUCAGACUGCAAUAAGGCCAUGUCACCCCUCAGUGGCAAACAGUCCAGCUCAAUGUACGUGAUCUCUGCAGCAUCUUUGGCCGACAAGGUUCUGAAUGGUUCUCAUGACUCUGUGCAGGAAGCCAACGCUCACUGUGCUUCUGAACCGCUGUCCAGCAAAUCCAGCCAAGACCAAGGUUCAGAUACAUUUGUGGAAGUGGGCAUGCCCCGCAGUCCGUCUCAUUCUGGAAACAGUAAUGACCUGAAGCAGAUGCUGGCUUCAUGUAAGACGACCUCAGGAAAGAGACAAACCCUUGAGCUGUUACAGGGCACCAAGAACUCAAUCCUACACUCAGACUCUUUGUUGUCAGACUCAGACUCCAGCGCUUCUGAAAGUCCCGUCACCGAUAAACGCGCACCAGGAAGUGAACGAGCAGCAGAACGGGCCGCUCAGCAGAACUCGGACAGAAUCCGUCUACCGUCCCAAUCCUCCUUUACCAACAUGCAGGCUUUUGACUACGAGCAAAAGAAGUUAUUGGCGACCAAAGCCAUGUUGAAGAAGCCAGUGGUAACAGAGGUCCGCACCCCAACUAACACAUGGAGCGGUCUUGGCUUUUCAAAGUCCAUGCCUGCAGAGACCAUUAAGGAGUUGCGCAGAGCGAACCAUGUGUCCUAUAAACCCACAAUGUCCACUACAUAUGAGGGGUCGACUUUGGCUCUGUCCCGCUCCAGCAGCAGAGAGGGAGUGGCGAGUGGCAGUGACUCGGAUAACUGGAGGGAGCGAAAUGGGAGCGGGCUCCCAGCACACGGUGACUUCUCCUUGCCCAUCAGCCCCAAAAGAAAACAGAAUAAAACGGAGCACUACCUGAGCAGCAGUAACUACAUGGAUUGCAUCUCUUCAAUGACGGGAACAAACGGCUGUAAUCUUAACACAUCACUCAAAGGAUCGGAUCUACCUGAGCUUUUCAGUAAACUUGGCCUUGGAAAGUACACAGAUGUGUUUCAACAGCAGGAGAUUGACCUCCAGACGUUUCUCACAUUGACCGAUCAGGACCUGAAGGAACUGGGUAUCACCACAUUUGGAGCCCGCAGGAAAAUGUUGCUCGCCAUCUCAGAGCUGAACAAGAAUGGAAGAAAGCUUUUUGAAGCGCCCAACAUCCGCUCCUCGUUCCUGGAAGGGGGCGCCAGCGGACGCCUGCCACGCCAGUUUCACACAGACAUUGCCAGUGUGAGCGGGUGCUGGUAAAUUCUUCCCAAUGUCAGACUGAGUACAGAGAAGCCCAAACUGCACACAUUUACAUUCUCAACUUCAACCUGAUGUACAGUAGAUCAUAAAAUACAGGGUGAGGAUUGAUAAAGUGUGUUCAUGUUAAGCGUGUGGUACAUUAUACAGUAUGGUACUGGUGUUGAAAUGAAGGAUCAAUCUCACUCCUGCACUGUGCUUAUGAAUGGAGUAUUAUUUAUAUGCAUGUCUUAGGCUUUGUCAUACUAAUUCUUUGCACUUUAAGAAUUUUAAGUACUUUGUCUACGGAGAGAUAUUGGUCUGACCGCCCGACUAGAUGCGCUUGGAUCUCACUUAAAGCACUUAAAUGGAUAUCAAGCCAAACUCAAAUGUUCUACGUGAAGAGAAACAGUAUCAAGUAGGAAAUCUAAAGCAGUGAAAUCUUUUGCUAUGACUUACAGAUUUUAGUCUUUGCUUAGACACCAUGUGUAAUUUAAUAUAAAGCUCUAUGAGAGAUAGUACAGUACAGUCAUUUCAAUAAGUUUUACUGUUUAUUUUAAAAAAAAACAAUCUGGAAUUUUCAUUUCAUUUCUUGAGGAGCGACACACAACCAAGUGGUUCAUGCUAAAAGUCUUCACGGAUCCACUUAGAUCAGAAAACUCGAGGUCCGACCCGAGACCCAAGCGGGUUUGGGUCUAAAACUUGGAUGUGUGCCUCAGACACGGGUGGGGUAUAGUAAUAACGGUCUCGGGUAAAUUUAAAUAAAUGUGUUAAUGCCAAACGGACCCAAGAUGACUCAAACUAUCUCGCAUGUCUGCAUCAAGUCCUUUUCCAACCCCUCCCUUGUUUGCCAAGAGCGCUUGCGAUAUGGUGUGGCUGGUAGUAGGUUAAUUUUCGUUGAGACAGACCUGUCAAUCAAUUUUAAAUGCACAUUUUAGUGGUUACCUUAGUGUCGUUGUCCAACCCAGUAUCACGAAAUUAGAUUUACAUAAAAUGACAUCCCUACCCAAACCCACCUCUAACCCCAACGUCAGGCAACAAUUGGUAUCUUUAAACAAAAAAAGUAUAAACCAAUACUUAAAGUGACAUACUAACGCAAGCACCAAAUCUAACCCUAAACCGAAGCGACAAUGGUUUGAAAAUAGGACAAAAAAGUUGAGUACCAAUACGUGACAGUGACACAAACAGAAAGCGUGACAUGCUCACGCAUUCACGCGGCAAAGCGUGACAUUGUCACGCUGGUCCAUACGUGCCUAUAGGUACAUAAUUCGUGAUAUAGGUUUGCGUUGUCAGAUAACAAAAGUAAAUAAAUGGAGCAGUGGGCCAAAUGGAAUGCUAGGGUUUCUGUCUGACUGGUGCGUGCGGGGAUGCAGACUGCACACACGUCUGUGUCGUUUACAUUUGGGUUUAAAAUAAUUGCCGGGUCUAAUUUUCUCGGGUAUGUCUCUGGGUCUUUCUUAAAAAAAAUUAUUUAUGCACGUCGAGUUGGGGUAAAAAAGUAAUUCGGGUAAUUUCGGGUCAGGUACAUUUCUUUGGACCCCUGAAGACCUCUAGUUCAUGUUGGGCCUGGAACUGGCUGGCAUGCAACCCGACUUAUCAGAGACAGGACAUUUUUGAUAUAAAUUAAUGCUGUUUUUUGGGUUGUGAUCAAAUGCACCUGUGAGUUGGCAAACAUGUUCAUCAAAGUCCUUCAGAGUCCAGUGAUAAAAACAUUUCCUCUUUAACAUCGACGGAAACUUUAUUAAAAGGUGUAUUUUAUAAAAGUACACGACAUUGUACAUCUCUCCUUGACUCCGGGACGUUGUAUAUUGUCAAUGUUUCUCCUUCAUGUCACAUCUGAACUUAGUGAUUGUGUAGUUUAACAGCUCACACUGUCAGCAGAAGCUGUCUCUCAAUAGUGCCUCUGUGUGUCAUCCACUGACAGAAGUGCAAAUUACAACAGCUCUGUUUCAACCACUAUCCUUAGUGCCACAAACCACAAGUCCUAAAAACACCACCUCAUCCACCACGUUCCCCCGACAGAACGCUUUGAGAUUUCUUUUUGGCUGGAUCAUGGCUCAAUCCACAGCUUUUCUCCAAACUACCUCUUUGUUUCUGCCUGCCACCAAAGUCUUCACUUGUUUUUUGUAGUUCUUUAGAGGACAGAUUUCCUCCACCGUCUUAAGCGGUGUUUGUUUGUGGUGGUAAUCUUCUCUGAGCGUUUGUUUUCACGUUAUCUCUCUGCACUUCCUCUUCAGUGUUUUUCAGAUAAAGCAAGUAUUUCAGUUAAAACUGACUUUAUCUAAAGCUGUGAAUGUUGCCAGAUGAUCUCUGAAGGAUUCAAACCACAAAGUGCCUUUUUGUUUUGCACUCACAGUUUUCCCAAAGUAACUGAAGACUAUUAAUCUCUGGACGGUACAUAUGUUUUACUAUGAUGUACUGCUUGCAGAGUAAUUUCGCUGUGCAACGCUUUAUCUUUAUGUGUAUGCUAUUUGGUAUAUACAAUGCUCCUCUUUAACUCUGAAUAUGUACCUAAUAUGUGACAGGGGUACUAUUUAAAUUUGUAUUGUGUAUAUUGCCUCAAUGCAGUUUGUUUUAUUUUUGUAGUAGUUUGCUUGAUAUUUUACAGACAGUAGAAGUUGAUCAGUUAGUGUAGCUUUGGUUUUGUUUCGUUUUUCGUCCAAAUUGAACUGAGACUGACAUAUGAGUGAAACAAAUAUCUCUCUUUGUUUCUUAAAAUAAUAAUAAUAAUAAUAAUAAUAGUAAUAAUAAUGUGACAGACUAUGCAAAGAGUCACUUUGCCGUUUUAGGUUUAAAUGUUUUUUUUUCGCUUUAUUUUCAUAUUUUCGUGCUUUAUUUCAGGCUGUUUUCAGUGUAUUGCUAUCUUGAUAUAUCUCAACAUCUGUGCCUUUGUAUAAAUCAAAUGUUAUUUUAGUGAGAGACCAACAGUAAUCCAUUAGCAGAGUUGUUUGGUUUUCUCCGUAAAAGAGGAAAAUAAGGGAAGAAAGAUGUCUUUAAUAAUCUGACAUGGCCUUCAGACAAGGGUCAGCACAUUUUUGAGUAUCUUUGGCCAAAGUUAAAUGUGUUACAUGCACAACAUGCACAAAUGUAUAGAUCAGUGAUUGUAAAGCAUAUCAAAGCACAUGAAUCUGUGUUGUCCUGCCAAAUGUCCUUUUCUUGUACACAAGUUAGUUGGCCAGUGCCUUUGGGAACAACUAGAUAUCUGUGAGCUUGGCAGAUUUUGUAAUAUACUCCAUUGUAGUGUUCUUUGAUCUUAGGUCAUAAAUUUGUAUUAUUGCUAUAAUGUGGUAUUGCUGAAUGUUCUUUAUAAUUUGGAAGUGUUGUUACAAAAGAAUAAAGCAUAGACAAACCUUA